AUGCCUUUCAGAUUCUCGGAACUCGCUAGAAGAGGUAAGUCCUUCGGCGGCGGCGGCGACGGAGGUGGAGGUGCCUCUAACGCAGCUGAAAUCAAUGUCCCUUCUUCUCCUUCGAGGCCAGUAACUGCUGCCAGUUACGACUUCCGCCCAAGUGGACCUCUGCCGCCGCCGCCGCCGCCGCCUCCUCCUCCUGGCGCUAAAGCGUUAGAUCGAAACGACAGCCUCACAUCAGUCAGCAUCUGCUACGACAACGGCACGGGCAGGCUGCAUGACAGCUUCGUGCAGCAGCAAGAUCUGCCCCCGCACGUGCGCACGACAGAGCAACUGGCCGAGUUCAUCAGAAACCGCUCGCACAGCGACGAGUACAGGGACGAAGCCGGUGGAAACCCCUUCUCUUCCUCCCCGCCUUCCCCCUUCCCCUGCUCGCGCGUGUGGUCGUCUUCGCAUUAUUCCACGGACUCGACUCCUGCUGGUGCCGGUGCUGCCUCGCCUUUCUAUCGCCAUGCCUCAGACGCGUAUGAGCGCCUCCGCCCGGCGACGGCUUCCAGCGGCACCAGCACGACCACGACCAAGGCAGCUGCCCACCCCGUGGUCGUGGCGGGUGUUAGGCACCGGUAUGUCGCUCAGCCAGCAGUCGUUCGGGUCCUGCCCGGCUCAACGCGUGCACAUGCGUAUCAGGGCUUCUGGUUGGGGCGCGGGACGAUGCGCAAGACCGAAGCCGAGACGAAAGGGUCCACGAAGUCGUGGAGAGCGAAAAAAGAAGGGAAGGACAAGCACGCAGCGUCUAGCUCUUGGUUUGAUGACUGA